AAGGUGUAGCGUGCAGAAUAAGGAAGCCACGAGCAAACAAAUUCCCAGAAGCGCGUCAUACGUGUCGAUUUACGAUCAACAAAUAUCAAGAGAUUAUUCUGGGCCAGAUUACCGACGGGGUUGUGGCUGCCCAUGGCUGUCAUGGAAGGAGAGUCGAGAAGAGAGAGAAAGUCGCGCGUCGACGCUCGCAUGAACAGGCGCCUACGCGAUUGUGGCGGAAGUGCCACUCAACGGGCACCCAAUUGUUGCUUGGCUAGGCGAUUUCGCGGGAAAUCCGUUGGUUCUUGGACUUUAAUACUGCAAAUAUGUUCUCAAACACAAUACGAUCAGCCAACCCCCCAGCUUCAUAUAGCUUACAUCUCGCCGCAUCACUUGAUUACAACAACCUCUCCUACUGUUUUUCUUUCCAACGUUCCGUCCUUCCUCCCGACGAGCCCGUGGCCACAUGGCCUAUUUGAUCGCGAAGGGGCCUGUGAUCAUGCGGGAGCCAAAGGGCGUGCUGAGCUAGCGCUUCCGUCGGUACGCGUAGGACAGACAACGUUGUCUGUCUUCCUGCGACCAGCUCGCGUCCUCCUGCCAUUCGUACAUGUCCGUCCUGGCAACGUCGACGGAAUCGCUAUAGGUGCCGACAUCGUUUCCCAGGUCAAUUUGUGACCCAGUUGCCGAGAACUCCGCGCAGGGGUCUGCUGUCUCCCCGCGAUUGCUUGUUGAUGUGACAAGUCUUAUAGUCGGUCGUGCAAAUGACUGACAAUUACUCAAAUUCUUCAAUUCUGAGGCUCCUGUGUUACGUGUUUUCACUCACCGCGCGGGAUUCCAAUGACGCUGUCCU